CGCCGCGCCGCGGUAAAGUCCUGCCCUAGGCCUCUCUGGCCCUCUGGAGGACUUGCCGUCUGUGUCCGGCGGCGCCGGGCGGCGGUGGGCGGGUCUGACGUGCGGCGUGAAGAGCCAAGCGAGGGGGCUGCCUGGUCCGGGCUGUUUUAGGCUCCAGUGUUUUGGCGAUGGGGCUGCGGGAGAUGUGGAGACUCAUGUCGAGGUUUAAUUCAUCCAAAAGGACUAAUAUCAUACUGCAGCAUUUGAGAAUGUCUAAGCACACAGAUGCAACAGCAGAAGUCCUAUUGGAAAGAAAAGGUUGUGCAGGAGUGAUAACACUAAACAGACCAAAGUUCCUAAAUGCACUGAAUCUUAGUAUGAUUCGGCAGAUUUAUCCACAGCUAAAGAAGUGGGAACAAGAUCCGGAAGCUUUCCUGAUCAUCAUAAAGGGAGCUGGUGGAAAGGCUUUCUGUGCUGGAGGUGAUAUCAGAGUGAUCUCAGAAGCUAGAAAGGCAAAUCAGAAGAUAGCUCAAGAUUUCUUCAGAGAAGAAUAUAUGCUGAACAAUGCUAUUGAUUCUUGCCAGAAACCAUAUAUUGCACUUAUUCAUGGAAUUACAAUGGGUGGGGGAGUUGGUCUCUCAGUUCAUGGGCAAUUCCGAGUGGCUACUGAAAAGUCUCUUUUUGCAAUGCCAGAAACAGCAAUAGGGCUAUUCCCUGAUGUGGGUGGAGGUUAUUUCUUGCCACGACUUCAAGGAAAACUUGGGUGCUUCCUUGCAUUAACAGGAUUCAGGCUGAAAGGAAGAGAUGUGUAUGCAGCAGGAAUUGCUACACACUUUGUAGAUUCUGAAAAGUUGGGCAUGUUAGAAGAAGAUUUGUUAGCCCUGAAAUCUCCUUCAAAAGAAAAUAUUGCAGAUGUCUUAGAAACUUACCAUGCAAAGUCCAAGAUUGAUCAAGACAAGUCUUUUAUACUUGAGGAACACAUGGACAAAAUAAACAGUUGGUUCUCAGCCAAUACUAUGGAACAGAUUAUUGAAAAUUUACAGCAAGAUGGUUCAUCUUUUGCCCUAGAGCAGUUGAAGGUAAUUAAUAAAAUGUCUCCAACAUCCCUAAAGAUCACACUAAGGCAACUCAUGGAGGGGUCUUCCAAGACCUUGCAGGAAGUAUUAACUAUGGAAUAUCGGCUGAGUCAAGCUUGUAUGAGAGGCCAUGACUUUCAUGAAGGUGUUAGGGCAGUUUUAAUAGAUAAAGACCAGAGUCCGAAGUGGAAACCAGCUGAUCUAAAAGAAGUUACUGAUGAAGCUUUGAAUAAUCACUUCAAAUCUCUGGGAAGUAAUGAUUUGAAAUUUUGAAGAGACUGGAUUUUUAAAGUAUUAUUUUGGAGCAGAGUUGGCAAACUAUGGCACAUGGGCCAAAGCCAACCUGCUGCCUUUUUUUUUUUUUUUUUUCAUAUAUCCCUCAGCUAAGAAUGGUUUCUGCAUUUUUAAAUGGCUGGAGAAAGAAAUCAAAGACCAAUAUUGCAUGGCAUGUGAAAAUUACAUGAAAUUCAAAUAUCAUUGUCCAUAAAUAAAACUUUAUUGGAA